CGUCAAAUUUUUGGAGGGAAAUUAACGGUCAUCGUGUUCAUUGUUGUCUGUGUCGACCGUCCAUUUAAAUCCCUUUAAAUUUGUUUAUAUUUCAUAGUUUAUUAUUUAAAUCAUGUCCCAACCUUCGGUGGCGUGUUUUUUCAACAAUCGUAAACGGGCCGCGAUAGAAGACAGCAAAAUACACCAAGUAAGAAAAGUUUUAGUGCUAGAUGGUAUUAGUAGUGAUUUUGUGGCUCCCCUAAAAGGGGGCUUAUCGGACAAGGGAAUUAUUUUAUCGCAGGUGACGAGACAAGAUACGUCGGACGAUGUGGCGUCUGAAAAAUUACCAAAACUACAAAGCAAGGAGGAAAAAAUUGAGGCGAACAAGAUUGUGUCAUCAGGUGUGACUAGCAGCAACAAAAAAGUGAUUAAAGCCACGAGGGGCCGAAAAGUUACUAAAGCAGUGCCUAAUUCGGCUAAUAUUGAAGAGCUUUUUAAGAAAAUGCACAAAUCUGAACCAGAAAUUACUGAAAUAGGCACUGAACUUCCUACAAAGUUAACUGAGGAAGAACUGCACAAAACACCCCCAAAAAGUAAAAAUGCUAUGGAUAAAAUCAAACCCACUGGUCCCUCUUUGAAAGAGAUCAAGAAUAAAAUGACUAGGAGUGUUCGCUUAGCAGAACUGAAGGCUUCAAUCAGUCGGUUUCAAGAAGGUGCCAAAAAACUUUCAGAGAUUGAAAAGAAAACUUCACAGAUUCCAGACUCUCCCAAACUGAAUAGGUUUAAGACUAUUGAGCUUGAGGUGCAAACAAGCCCCCAAAAACUGUUCUCACCAGAAAAAGCUUACUUAAGCCCCCGCAAAGAAGGCUUAACCGUACGGAAAAACCUCUUGAACCUCCUUAGCCCCACUAAAAAUGCUGUCCCCAUUCAGCCUCAAAGUCCUUCAAAACAGCUUUUGUCAGAAACGACUAAGCCUGCUCUUACUUUACCAUUUAAAUACCGAUUUUUGGCUGAGAUAUUUAGAGCUGUAGAUACCGUCAUACAAAUCCUCUACAAUCGUAAAGAAACAAUUACAUUUAGAAAAUUAAAACCUGCUGUAGAGGAAAUGCUUAAAAGGAACUUGUUUGAGAAACAUCUGGCUCAGAUAAGGGCAAUUUUUCCUGAAGCAUUCAGUUUUGUUCAAGAAAAAUUAAAGAUUUAUGGUAAUGGGAUGAGGGGAGAGCAGUGGGAGUUGGUUAUCAAACCCAACUUGGAUGUGGAGAGUAUGACUUCAGAAAUUUUGCUGGAGAGGAGGAGGAAGCUUUUUAAUAUUUUACUAGACAAGGUUAAGGAGUACCAUCAUGAGUUUUUGCUGUCAUUAGAUACAUGUAUUAUGGUGGAUAAGGAUAAGGUUACCAGAUGGCAUCCUGAAUUUGAUUUAGAAAAGGUCCCCGAUAUAGAACCUUCACCCCUUCCAAAAGCACCUGCGGAAGACAAACUAACAUCUGGCAAAGAUGUCUUGGAAAGGGCCAGAGUCCUCUUCAAUUGUAAUACCAAAAUGGAACUUGCUAUGCAACGCCUUAAAGAAGCAAAAAAAACCCAAACUCCCUUGCAACCAAUGAAAGAAGACAAGGGAACCAGCAGUGAAACGCCACAAUCAGUUUUAAAAGGAAUACCACAGUCUCUCCUAGAAAAGGUAAGACAAAGACAAGCGGCCAAGGCCUUACUCUCUAUAACCCGUUCGGCAGACAAAGAAAAAGAAGUUCAAUUAUACUCGCGUUUGCCCGAACUGGCUCGACUUACCAGAAAUUUAUUCGUGUCGGAAAAGAAGGGCGUGUUAACGUUGGAGGUAGUGCUCGAGAAGUUGGGAAACUGUUACAGGGGUAACCUGUCAAAAACCGAAAUGGAAGAGCAUUUGAAAGUGCUCGCGAAAGAGUUUCCCACUUGGUUAGUGUUCCACGACAUCAGGAACUGUGUUUAUUUGAAAUUGAACAAAAAUGCCGACUUGAGUUUGGUGCUGAAUAAGUUGGAAACUUUGUGCAAGGAAAAGAACGAGACGUAAGAGUCGUCAAAAGGGUCAAUUCUCAAAUUUAGAUAGUGUUAUUUAUCGUAAAGUCUUAUAUUAAAGUAAUUUGUGUGUUUUAAACGACUGUUAGAUUGUAAGGAGACUAUAUUACCCUAAUUUUUUUUAGUCGGGUAAAGUUAUAUUCAAUAGCUUUAAGGAGGUAAAUAUUUUGGUUUAAAAACGUCUUAUUUAUGCCAAAAAAUAUUUUUAUUUCGAGAAUCUAGUACAAUAUAGUGUUUUAUGUUAGCUUUUAUAGGAUUUUAAAAAUAAAUUCUAAUGAUUA